CUCACAAUGCCUGUAGAGUACCGCAACCGCCUUACAAAAAUGGCAAAAUGGUUUGCUGACUCUUCAUUGGUUCCAUCUAGGCUCUUACAGGAGCGCUGUGAGGAAGAAUUUUUAUGGGAAUCUGAACUAUCUAAAUUAAAAGCUAAUGAUUUGAAGUCUAAAGAGGUCAGAAUAAACACACGCCUUCUAUAUCAACAAACAAAAUUUAACCUCCUCAGGGAAGAAAGUGAGGGCUAUUCCAAGCUUGUUACUCUUCUUUGUCAAAAUGGUGUAGAUGCUGUCAGCCAGAAUACAUCUUCUGGUACAAUCAGCUUAAUUAAGUCAUUGAUUGGACACUUUGAUUUGGAUCCAAAUCGUGUCUUUGACAUUGUCUUGGAAUGUUUUGAACUCUAUCAUGACAAUAGCAUAUUCUAUAGUCUCAUUCCUAUUUUUCCUAAGUCACACGCUGCCCAAAUAUUGGGCUUUAAGUUCCAGUACUAUCAAAGAAUUGAAGUUAGCUCUCCAGUGCCUUCUGGCCUUUAUCGACUUGCUGCAUUGUUGGUUAAAUCAGACUUUAUUGAUCUUGAUAGUAUAUGUGUCCAUUUACUUCCGAAGGAUGAGGAGGCAUUUGAGCAUUAUGAUGCUCUCAUUGCAAAGCGAUUUGAAGAAGCGAACAAAAUUGGCAAAAUAAAUUUAGCCGCUACUGGAAAAGAUCUCAUGGAAGAUGAGAAGCAAGAUGUUUCAGUUGAUUUGUUUACAGCACUGGACAUGGAGAGUGAAGCUGUUAUGGAACAUGCUGCUGAGGUUGAAAAUAACCAGAGUUUUGGUCUUCUCAUUGGUUUUCUUUCAAUAGAUGACUGGUAUCAUGCUCAAGUUCUUUUUGACAGGCUCUCUCAUCUGAACCCAGUUGCACAUUAUCUUGUCUGUGAAGGCUUAUUUAGGGCUAUAGAGAAGAGCAUCUCUUCUUCUUAUGUUAUUGUUUGCCAAACGCAUCUCCAAAACAUUGGCAGCUCCUUUGCUACUUCUUCAGAUAUCACAGAAUCAGGAAUGACUUCAUUGGUUCCAAUUCCUCGAGUUGAUCUUUCCAGAGAUCUUUUUCAGAUGCUUAAUGCUGCUGGUCCUUAUCUACAUCGUGACACCAUUCUUUUGCAGAAGGUCUGCCGAGUGCUAAAAGCAUUCUAUCUUUCUGCUCAGGAAUCUGCAAGUGUUGCUGGAAAUCUGAUUCCUAUUGUUUCUGUGGAUUUAAGUAGAAAGCAUCCUGGCAUUCGAGCCAAGGAAGCCAGGUUGAGGGUUGAGGAGGCUCUAGGAGCUUGUUUGCUUCCUUCGUUGCAGUUAAUACCUGCAAAUCCAGCAGUAGGUCAGGAGAUAUGGGAAGUUCUUUCUCUACUUCCAUAUGAGGCCCGCUAUCGUCUGUAUGGUGAAUGGGAGAAGGAUGAUGAACGCAUUCCCAUGGUCCUUGCUGCAAGACAGAUUGCAAAGUUGGACACUCGUAGAUUAUUGAAACGGCUUGCCAAAGAAAACUUAAAGCAACUCGGUCGCAUGGUGGCCAAGCUUGCUCAUUCUAAUCCAAUGACCGUUUUACGGACUAUUGUUCACCAGAUCGAGGCAUACAAGGAUAUGGUAACACCUGUUGUAGAUGCUUUCAAAUAUCUAACGCAGUUAGAGUAUGAUAUUCUGGAAUAUGUUGUAAUUGAACGUUUGGCACAAGGUGGGCGUGAGAAGCUAAAAGAUGAUGGACUUAAUUUAUCAGACUGGCUCCAGUCUCUUGCAUGUUUUUGGGGUCACUUGUGCAAGAAGUACCCCUCAAUGGAGUUGAGAGGCCUUUUCCAGUAUCUUGUUAACCAAUUGAAGAAGGGUGUGGGCAUUGAGCUUGUUUUGCUUCAGGAGCUUAUUCAACAAAUGGCAAAUGUUCAGUACACUGAGAACAUGACUGAGGAACAACUUGAUGCUAUGGCAGGAAGUGAAACAUUACGUUUUCAAGCAACUUUAUUUGGUAUGGCUAGGAACAACAAGGCACUAAGCAAAUCUACUAUGAGGUUGAGAGACUCCUUACUUCCAAAGGAUGAACCUAAGUUGGCUAUACCGCUUUUAUUACUUAUAGCACAGCACCGCUCCAUGGUUGUGAUUCAUGCUGAUGCUCCAUACAUUAAAAUGGUUAGCGAGCAAUUUGACCGUUGUCAUGGGACACUUCUUCAGUAUGUGGAAUUUCUCGUAAGUGCUGUUGCUCCAACUUCAACGUAUGCUCAGCUAAUCCCCCAUCUCAAUGAUCUUGUUCACCAAUAUCACCUUGAACCAGAGGUGGCUUUUCUAAUAUAUCGACCGGUGCUGAGGCUCUUCAAAUCUACCACCAGUCCCGAAGUCUUAUGGCCCCUUGAUGCCAUGGAAGAUACACUCAUGGCGAGUGAAGGAAAUGAUUUUGAGCAAUCUUCUAGCAACCUUGUUUUGGAUCUGGGUAUUUCCAAAAAUCCUAUAAUGUGGUCAGAUCUCCUGGAAGUAGUUAGAUCAAUGCUACCUGUAAAAGCUUGGAAUAGCCUCUCCCCUGACCUCUAUGCCACAUUUUGGGGGCUCACCCUUUAUGAUCUUUAUGUUCCAAGAAAUCGAUAUGAAGCAGAAAUAGCGAAGCAGCAUGCUGCCAUUAAAGCAUUAGAAGAGCUUUCUGAUAAUUCGAACAUCGCUAUUACGAAACGUAAGAAGGAUAAGGAACGAAUUCAAGAGUUACUCGAUAGACUUGUCAGUGAGCUUCAAAAGCACGAACAACAUGUUACGUCCGUGCGCCAUAGGCUUAGACGUGAAAAGGACAAGUGGUUGAGUUCUUGUCCCGACACAUUAAAAAUUAAUAUGGAGUUUCUUCAGCGAUGCAUUUUUCCGCGCUGCAUCUUUAGCAUGCCUGAUGCUGUUUAUUGUGCUAAAUUUGUGCACAUGCUACAUUCGCUUGGAACACCAUUCUUCAACACGGUCAAUCAUAUUGAUGUUCUUAUUUGUAAGACGUUACAGCCCAUGAUCUUCUGCUGCACUGAGUAUGAAGCUGGCAGACUGGGAAGGUUCUUAUAUGAGACCCUUAAAAUGGCAUACUAUUGGAAGAAUGAUGAAUCUAUUUAUGAACAUGAAUGUGGAAACAUGCCAGGUUUUGCUGUUUAUUACAGAUAUCCCAAUAGUCAGCGUGUGGCAUAUGGUCAAUUUAUUCGAGUGCAUUGGAAAUGGAGUGGAAGGAUGACAAGGUUACUGGCACAAUGUUUGGAGUCCACUGAGUACAUGGAAAUUCGCAACGCUCUUAUUAUUUUGACAAAAAUUUCUACAGUAUUUCCUGUGACGAGGAAAAGUGGUGUUAAUAUUGAAAAACGGGUGGUUAAAAUUAAGAGCGACGAAAGGGAGGAUCUUAAGGUGUUGGCUACCGGUGUGGCUGCAGCUUUGGCUGCUCGGAAGAGCUCAUGGGUUUCUGAAGAAGAAUUUGGAAUGGGAUAUGUUGAACUUACUAAGCCCGCAGCUUCUACAGCUAAACCUCUUACUAUCAACCUUGGUAGCCUACCCAAUGGUUCUACUCCCGUUGUCUCUCAAUAUCAAAAUGAGAUGAAUGGUUCCAGAAAUUCCUCUGCAGUUAAUCUCUCUGUAGAUCAUCCAGUGAGAGAGCAGGUGGUCUCUGCAAGAUCAGCUGAGGGCAGAUCAGAACGCCCUGAAAAUUCAGCCACCAUGAAAUCUGAAUUGACACAACAAAGGCAAAGGGUUGCCUCAUCAACUAAUGUGUUACCUGGCCAGUCCACUUCUUCCUUGUCCCAUCAAUCAAGUACGAGUGCCAAGGCUUUAAGUAAUAUGAAGAAUACGGAAGAGCUUAAUAGAGUACCGUCACUUGAACCUGAGUCAAAAUCUCAGUUCAAACGUUCAGCACAGAACUCCCUUGGAAAGCAGACAAAACAGGAAGUGGCAAAGGAAGAAAUUAAAUCUGGGAAAUUAAUUGGUAGAUCUGCAAAUCAGGUUUCUGCUAGUUCUGACAGAGAUUCAGCUCAUCCAUCUGAGGGUAGGCAGAGUGGCUUUACUGCCACUCCCUUGUCUAACAACGGUAACUUAAUUCAAUCAUCAGUGAAGCUACCAACUUCUGCAGCAAGAACUGACUUACCUAGUGGCCUUCCAAGGAUGGAAACUGGAUCUAUAAAACCCACGGAUAAUAUUACCGAAAUUUCUGAAUUUUCAAGAAGUACUUCUGUAAGAACUUCACAUUCCACUCUCCCUGAUGACUCUUCAAGUAAACAACAGAAACGAACAAUCACAGCUGAAGAACAGGAACGGAUAAGUAAGCGUAGGAAGGGCGAACCAGAAGGAAAAGAUGACUAUCUUUCGGAAUCAAGAUCACUUGAUAAAACUCAUCUUUUAGAUCACGAACGGAAUCAUCCUGAUGAACAACACCAAAACAGAUCUUCAGAAAAGCUGUUGGAAAAACUGAAAGAAAAGGUCUCAGAAAGGUUUGACAAAGACCAUAAGGAAAGAUUGGAUAGAUCUGAUACAAACCGUGGUGAGGACGGUCAUGAUAAAUCACGGGAUAAAUCGACGGAAAGGCAUAGUAGAGAGCGUUCCAGUGAAAGAAUGCUAGAGAGAGUAGCGGAUAGGUCUCUUGAUAAACCAUUAGAUAAAAUGAAGGAUGAGAAGGGUAAAACUAGAUACAACGAAAUCUCCGCUGAUAAAUCUGAUGAGAGAUUUCAUGGUCAAAAUUUGCCGCCGCCUCCGCCACUUCCUCUCAGUUUCGUUCCUCAAUCUGUUGGAGGCAAUAGGAGAGAUGAAGAGGCAGAUAGAAAGAGUGGUACAAACAGACAUAUUCAAAGGCUGUCUCCAAUGCAUGAUGAUAAAGAUAGGAGGCAUUCUGAGGAGAAUGUUUCUCAGGAAGAUAUGAAACGUAGACGAGAAGAUGAUUUUCGGGAUCGAAAACGUGAAGAGCGAGAUGCUUUAUCUCUUAAGGCGGACGAAAGGGAUCGAGAAAAAGGGAAUCCUUCGAAGGAUGAUUUGGACCCAACAGCGGCGAAGCGGCGGAAACUUAAAAGAGACCAUUUAUCUGAAUCGGGUGGGGAUUAUUCAGCGGUCGUGCCAUCGACUUCUUCUUUGACAAUGGGGAUUUCUCAAUCAUUUGAUGCAAGGGAGAGGAAUGAUAGAAAAGGAGGCAUGAUGCCACAUCGAGCUGCUUAUGCCGAGGAACAAAUUCCAAGGUUGCAUGGGAAGGAAGUUGCAGGCAAGGCUAACCGGCGUGAGCUUGAUCAAUUUCUUGAGAGAGAGUGGGAGGAAGAGAAGCGGCAGAGAACGGAAGCAAAGAGAAAGCAUCGCAAGUAGGCUUCAGCUUUAUUGUGUUCAUGCAGCUGCUCCAGUCUCUGGUACCUCAAUUGGUACGACUGAAAUGUCUCCAUUUCUGCUGAUGCUACCUAUCAUCAUUUAAAAUGUUCAGUUUCUGCAGCUUCCACCACUAGCUUUUGAACAUUCAGAGCCUAAAAAGGUUUUCUUGGUUCUGAUGGAUUAAGUGGCAUAUCAACUUUUCUAGUAUCAGAGGCUCCAAAUCUUUCUUUUUGAAGCAGAUUUAAAGCUUUCUUAUGAAAAGGGAUUUUCUGCUUAAUUGUACCAAUGAGAGAUGGAAAGCCAAUUUGUUUAAAAAUGAAGAAUUCAGAUGAAUGGGAGGUUCUCUCUUCAUUCCAAUGUUGCGAGCUUCCUUGAUGUUUGAUUCAACACUAGUUUUUAUAUAGGUUUGAUUUUGCAGUAGGUUGGUCAACCUUAAUUUUCUAUCUGUCAACAGUCAUUGAUGUUAUUGGGUUAUUUAAAGUGCAUAAAUUUAUGUUUUUGCAUCAUUUAGUAUUUCAUGAGAUGUGGUUCAUCAGUGAACAGAUGAAUUAUUUAUUUAUUCAAUAUAUUUUGAUGAGAUUGUAAUGUGAGAAUUGAUUGUGGUCAUUUACUUUAUUCUUAACCAAAAAAAAGGGUUGAAAACCUGAACAGAUGCAUUACCAUGGAUUUUUGCUCAGUUCUGCAACAAACAUGCAGCACAUAUAUUAUUAUUAGAACUCUUAUGUACUUGUUUGUUAGGCAUUUCCUCCUGCACC